UGGCUUUAGUGAUGCAAGUACCGUCCUUGGGAGAAGCCACUGAGGCAGACAUGCUGCUCUACCCAUAUGGACCCAAACAUCAGGACGGAAGAACCCCCAAGGCAGAUGAUGGGGCAUCGCCUCAAAUCCCCAUCUCUGAGAACUUCUACUUCUUUGCCCAGAGAUUUCGGUCUCUUUAUGUGAACAAUAAUGGGGUGGUGUCAUUUGACAACCCUGUUAGCCAGUACACCCCUGAUCCCUUUCCACUGACUGAUGGCCGGGCAUUUGUGGCCCCGUUCUGGGCUGAUGUUGAUAACCGCAUCACAGGCGAGGUGUACUACAGGCAGAGCCAAGACGAGCAACUAUUGCAAAGAGUCACAGCUGACAUCAACACUUACUUCCCCCAUGAAAAGUUUAUGGCGACCUGGGUCUUUGUGGCCACCUGGGACCAAGUGGCUUUCUAUGGAUCCCUGUCCUCCAAGGUGAACACGUUCCAGGCUGUGUUAACCUCCAAUGGCGACCGAUCUUUUGUGAUGCUUCAUUACCGGGACAUCCAGUGGAUAUCAGGAAAAGCAAGUGGUGGAGAUGCAUUCACUGGCUUAGGAGGCACACCUGCCCAGGCUGGAUUUAACACUGGAGAUGCCAAAAACUACUUCAACAUCCCUGGGUCUUGGACGCCAAGCAUUGUUAAUGUCAGCUCAACAAGUAAUGUCAUGGACCCUGGGCGCUGGGUUUUUCAAGUGGACGUCUUUGCGGUGCCCAACGGCUGUGUGUAUAAAGCUCACUUUCUGUCAUUUGGUGCCAUCUUCUGGAGCGACGAGACCUGUGAAAACAAAUGCCAGUGCAAUUCUGAUGGCCACAGGGUGGUGUGCCAGGCUGGAGGGUGUGAAGCAGAUGAAAUCUGCCAGUCCGCUUCUUUAUACCAUCUGUGCCGGCCAGUCCAUAGGGCAACCUGCCAAGUCCUGAGUGGAUGGCAUUACACCACCUUUGAUGGGCAUCUGUAUAAUUUCCAAGGCUCCUGUACUUAUGUGCUGUCUCAGAUGUGUACGCCUUUACCCAGCCACAACCUGGAAUAUUAUCGGAUAGAGGCAAGUAUCCUGAUACCAGAGACAGACACGGGCACACCGCGCAUGGAAGGCUUGCGCAUGAUGGUUUAUGGUCAGGAGGUGGUCAUCACUACAGGCACCGCUGGGCAUGUCAUGAUCAAUGGGAUGAAGACCCUGCUCCCGGCAGCCCUUCUUGGUGGCAAAAUCCGAGUGCAUCAGAGCGGAUUCUCGACAAAGAUAACCACUGAUUUGGGGGUGGAAGUUUCCUACAAUGGGAAUCAACACGUGCAAGUGGCGGUUCCUGCUAGUUACCGCAAUGCCACCUGUGCCCUUUGUGGAACUUUGAAUGGGAACAUUGCCGAUGAGUUCUUGAUGCCGAGUGGCUCCUUAGCAACAUCCGCUGCUCAGUUUGCUGCAAGCUGGCAGGUGAAGGAUGGGGAACACCCGUGCGGGGACAUCCAAGAGCUGUCUCCUUGUCUUCCCGCUGAACUGGCUCGUUAUUACGGUCCCAACUACUGCGGCAUCCUGAAGAAGUCCCCUGGCCCAUUUGCCGCCUGCUCACAGGCCCUGCCUUCCUCCGGCUUCAUGGAGAGCUGCGCUUACAAUCUUUGCAUGUCCAAGGGCAACCAAACAGUGCUGUGUGAAAUUCUGCGUGUUUAUGCCGAAGGGUGUCAAGCAGCCAAUAUAACAGUGGGGCUGUGGAGAUCCAACCACUUCUGCGGAAUCACGUGUCCCAAGAACAGCCAUUAUGAACCUUGCUCAACUGCUUGCCCAGCCAGCUGCAUGGAUUCCAUUGCCCCUCUGUACUGCCUCGAGCCGUGUAAGGAAGGCUGCUUUUGUGACAAGGGUUACAUUCUGAGCGGAGGAACGUGCGUGCCCCUGAAUCGCUGUGGCUGUGUGUCGAAUGGCCAGUACUACCAAGUGGGCGAUGAGGUCGUCCUGACGGAUACCUGUAGCAAGCAAUGUUCCUGUCGGCAUCCUUCUCACCCCAUGGAGUGCCGGGACCAUGCCUGUGAGGCUCUGGAGAUAUGCAGAGUUGUGGGCGGGAUCCUGGGAUGUCACCCCGUGAAAUUCGGCAACAGCUGGGUCUUUGGAGAUCCCCAUUAUGUCACCUUUGAUGGGGUUGCAUUUGAUUAUGAAGGAGACUGCAGAUAUACUCUGAGCACCUACUGUGGACCUUUUGGCAAGCUCCCGAGCUUCACCAUCAAAGCAGAGAAUGAACGUCGAGGAUUCACUGUAGCUUCCUGGGUACGGCUGGUGGAGCUGGAGAUAUACGGAGAGAGCAUUGCUGUAGCAGCAGGGCAGUUUGGCAAAGUGCAGGUGAACGGCAGCCUGGUCAACCUCCCCAUUGUCCUUGCUGCUGGGAAGGUCUAUGCCUAUUUCAGUGGUUCCUCUGUAGUCCUCCAGGCCGAUUUUGGCCUCUCCGUCUCCUAUGACUGGUCGUAUCAUGUGUCCAUUUCUGUUCCUGAGACCUAUUCUGGUCUCCUCUGUGGCCUUGGUGGAAAUUUCAAUGGCAACCGGAACGAUGACUUCAGGUCUCCCAACGGCUCGGUGGUUCGGGAUGCAGUCGCUUUCGCCGAAAGCUGGAAAGACGCCUCCUGCCUUUCUCACAGCACAGCCGUCGGACUCUUGCCCACAUGCAACGAAACAGAACUAUCCCGGUACAGAUCCCGGAACUACUGUGGAGUUAUUAGUGAUGUGAAUGGGCCAUUUAAAGAGUGCCACAACUCUGCAGGUACUCAGUUCCACGUGGAAAGCUGUGUGAAGGAUAUGUGCAUUUCUCAGGGGAGCCACCAGAUGCUGUGUGAAGUCUUGCAGAGUUACGCUCAACAGUGUCAAAUUCGCGGCAUCACUAUUCAUCCGUGGAGGGAGAUCACUGGGUGUGAAUUGAACUGCCGUAACAACAGCCGGUAUAUGCUGUGCGGGUCUUCCUGUCCCACGACGUGUGCUGGCCCAGCAAUGGCACACCCCUGCAAGACUAAGUGCAUCGAAGGGUGUCAGUGCAAGCCCGGAUAUGUGCUGAGUGGCAUCCAUUGUGUGCCUCGGGAGCAGUGUGGCUGCACUCACAACGGAAGAUACUACCGGUCUGGGGAAACCUUCUGGCAAGGAGGAAGUUGCCAGAACUUCUGCAGAUGUAACGGUUCCACCCAUGCGGUUGAAUGUGCUAACUCCUCCUGCGGUCCUAGAGGAUUCUGUGGAACAGAGAAGAAUGUUUAUGGGUGCCACGCACUGCCACAGGGAAUCUGUCGGGUUUCAGGGCUUCUCCAUUAUACCACAUUUGAUGGUCAUCGUUAUGGUUUCCAGGGCACCUGCAAAUACAUCUUUGCUGAACUGUGUGGGGUACUACUGACAUCUUUACCCUUCUUUAGGAUUGAGGUUACGAACAAAAAGAUGCCCAAUGGGCCUUUGCCUGUGACAUCAGAAGUGUUUGUCCAAGUGAAGUCACAUCAGAUACAUCUGCAGAGAGGACUCCGAGGGACUGCCAAGGUUGAUGGCGUAACUGUGAACCUCCCAGUAAAUCUGGGUACAGGUGAAAUAGUUAUUUAUCCACAUGGAAUAUACACCAUCCUGAAAACAGAGUUUGGUCUGACUGUGAGCUUUGACCUGGACCACAGCCUGUUUGUCACCAUUCCCCCUGAAUACAAAGGCAAAACCUGUGGGCUGUGUGGGAAUUUCAACGGUGUUGCCGAUGAUGACUUGGUGAUGAGAAACGGCUCCCGAGAGAAGGAUGUCUUCAUUGUUGCCAGUGGCUGGAUGUCAGAGACUGUCCCCAGCUGUGACAAUGGCACCUCUGACUCUUAUCCUGUGUGCCCAGAAGGGGAACGGCUUCUCCAGGCAAAAUCCAAAUGCCGGAUCCUCCAGGACCUCAACGGACCAUUUGGCUCUUGUCACUUGCAAAUUAACCCGGAGCAUUACUUGUCCAAUUGCAUUCUUGAUGUCUGCAUCUCCCCAGGGGACAGCCAUGUCCUGUGCCAGUCUAUUCAAGCGUAUGCUGCAGCCUGCCAGAGAAGGAACAUAACGAUCUCUGCCUGGAGAAGCAAAGAUUUCUGUGCUCUUGCAUGUCCAGCAUACAGUCACUAUGAACUUUGUAACAAACUGGCACAUGGCCUUUGUUCCGGAAGUUGGCUCCAGAACUUCAGUGUACCCGUCUGUUCUGAAGGAUGUUCUUGUGAUGACAGCUACUUCCAAAGUGGCAACAAGUGCGUUCUUCAGGAGGAGUGUGGCUGUGAGCAUGACGGGCGCUACUACAAUGUUGGGGACCACAUCUGGCUCUCAGAUUGUGCUAAAAAAUGCACUUGUGAAUCCAGUGGUGUCUUCCGUUGCUUCAGAGCUAAAUGUAACCUGGACCAGCAGUGCAUCCUGAAAGAUGGACGGUUCGGCUGCCGCAGUCCACUGACCACCUGUGUCAUAACGGGGGAUCCCCACUACUUCACAUUUGAUGGUGCCGUGGUUCAUUUUCAGGGCACCUGCGACUACAAGGUGUCUCACACCUGUAACUCCUCUCAGGAUUUCUCCUUCCAGGUUGUGACUGCAAACAGACAUUUCCGGAACCCGCGCGUAUCCUUUGUUUACCGGGUGGAAAUCUGGCUUCAUACCAACCGUUCGAGUUCUCAUAUUGUCCUAGAGAGAGGCAAAGCAGUUCAUGUCAACGGCAGAAGGACUCAUUUACCAGCUCAGAUUGGAACCACUGCUGCGAUCUUCAGAUUGAGGAACAGGUUGACUGUGAGGACAAACGCCAGUGUGGAGAUCCAGUUCAACGGGGCCAGCAGCUUGUUCAUACGUGUGGGCCCAGAAUAUCAGAGCCGGCUUUGUGGGAUAUGUGGAAAUUUCAAUGGUGAUCCUACAGAUGAUAAAGUCCUACCCAGUGGAGUACAAGCUCUGAAUGAUACAGACUUGGGGAAUGCUUGGAUAGCAGACUCAGUCCCAGCAGGAUGCAGGAAUGAUGCUGGCGAUCUCGUCCCUUGUCCGAAACAACAGGAGUUUGAGCAAAUGUGCGCUAUUCUAAUGAACCACUCAGGGCUUUUUUCUGAGUGCCACUGGCAUGAAAAACCAGAUCCCUACUACAAGUCCUGUGUUUAUGACCUCUGCCAAUACGGCCUGAGCAAUCGCAUGCUGUGUGCAGCCAUCGAAGCCUAUGACGAGAUGUGCACCAUCGUUGGUGUGAAUUUGCCAGACUGGCGACAGGAAAUGGGAUGCAGCUUCACUUGUCCAGCCAACAGCUACUAUGACUUCUGUGGCACUGCCUGCCCGGCCACUUGUGACAACCUCAACGCACCUACCCAGUGCACCAAGCCGUGUAUUCCGGGCUGCUUCUGCCGUGAAGGGUACGUACUGAACUCUGGAGUCUGCGUCUCCCUGAGUAAGUGCGGUUGCAUGCUGGAUGGACACUAUUACCCGCUAGGAGACCAGGCCAUCCUGACAGACACAUGCAGCCAAAAAUGUCACUGCCGUCAGCCUGCACACGCCAUGGAAUGCCAUCCUCAUACCUGUGGAUCUCUGGAGAUAUGCAAGACUGUAAAUAGUGUACAGGGCUGUUACCCAAUGAAAUUCGGCAAGAUGUGGGUCUACGGCCACCCUCACUAUGUCACGUUUGAUGGCGUCGCUUUUGAUUAUCAAGGAGCUUGUAAAUAUACCCUGACGAAGUACUGCGGCCCUCUGGGCAAGCUUCCCAGUUUUACUGUCAAAGCACUGACUGAACAUGGAGGCUUCAUUUCAGUGGCUUGGAUAAGGCAGGUGGAGGUGGAGGUCCAUGGACAACAUAUCAUGAUGGCAGCAGGACAGUACGGGAAAAUACAGGUGAAUGAAGUUUUGGUCAACUUACCCUUCAUCUUUGCAUCGGGCAAAAUCUCUGCCUAUUACAGUGGUUCCUCUGUCAUCAUCCAGACCGAUUUUGGCCUCUCCAUUGCCUAUGGGUGGGCAACCUAUGUGUCAGUGUCUGUUCCAGAGACCUAUUCUGGCUCCCUGUGUGGCCUUGGUGGAAACUUCAAUGGUAACCAGGGUGAUGACUUCAGGACCUCCAACGGCUCAGUGGUUCAGGAUGCGAUCACCUUUGGCGACAGCUGGAAGGAUCUCCAUUCCCCUUUUCACUGCACAGCCAGUGGACCCUCUGCCACUUGUAACGACACAGAACAUGCUCGGUACAGAUCUCAGCAUUACUGUGGAGUCAUUAGUGACGAGAAUGGGCCAUUUAAAGGCUGUCGCAGCUCCACAGAUGUUCAGGUUCACUUGGAGAACUGUGUGAGGGACAUGUGCGCCACACAUGGCAGCUGGAAUGCCCUCUGUGAGCUCCUGACCAGUUUUGCCCAGCAGUGCCAGUCUGAUGGUGUUAACAUCCAGCCGUGGAGAGAGAUCACCAGAUGCGAUUGGAUUUGUCUGCCAAACAGCCGUUAUGUACUCUGUGGAUCUUCUUGCCCUGCCUCUUGUGCUCAGCCAGGUGGGCCCCCAAAUUGCCAGUCCGCCUGCUUAGAAGGGUGCCAGUGUAAACCCGGGUUUGUGCUGAGUGGCAUUAACUGCGUGCCUCAAGAAUGGUGUGGUUGUAGCGACAGUGGCCGCUACUAUUUGCCUGGAGAAACCUUCUUCUGGGAAGGAGAAAGUUGCCAGAAAAUGUACCAGUGCAACAGAGCCACCAAACUCAUUGAUGCUGCUGUCUCCUCGUGCAGUUCUGGAGAAAUCUGUGGGACUCGAAAAGGAGUGUACGGGUGUCACACACAGUCAGAUGCCACCUGCCAGGCUUCUGGGUUUCUCCACUACACCACAUUUGAUGGGCGACAUUAUGAUUUUCCAGGCACCUCCAGAUACAUCUUAGCUGAAACGUGCAAGGUGUCACAGUCUUUACCAUUCUUUAGGGUUGAGGUGAAGAAUAAGAAGCUGGCAAACAAUCUUUUAUCGGUAACAACAGAGGUACUGGUGUUGGUGAACGAUACUCGGAUACAUCUGCGGAGAGGACACCAGGGGACUGUCAAGAUUGAUGGUGUUGUUACAAUCCUGCCCUUAAAAACCCAAGGGAUUGUUGUUUAUCAGCAUGGGUUUCAGACAGUUUUGCAAACAGACAUUGGUCUAACUGUGAGCUACGGUACGACCCACGGUCUCUUUGUCACAAUUUCUCCGAAAUACCAUGGCCAUAUGUGUGGGCUAUGUGGGAAUUUCAAUGGAGUUAUCGACGAUGACUUUGUAAUACGGAAUGGGUCCGUGUUGAAGGAUGCCUCGAUCUUUGCAAUGGACUGGAAGUUAGACACCGCCCCGGAUGGUGUAGAUGACUUCAGUACUUCUUACGCUGGGUUUAUGGACAGGGAUCAUCUCAUCCGCUCAAAAUCCAUGUGCUGGAUUAUCCAGAACCCCAGUGGACCUUUUGCUUCUUGUCACUCCCAAGUUGAUCCAGAACCUUAUUUGACUGAUUGUAUAUAUGACGUGUACAUCUCUGCUGGGGACAUCAGUGCCAUGUGCCAGUCUAUUCAGACUUAUGUAUCAGCCUGCCAGAGAGCCGAUGUCCCCCUCUUGCCUUGGAGAAAAGAAUUCUUCUGUGCUGUGGAUUGCCCAGCGAACAGUCACUAUGAACUGUGCCAUCUUCCCUGCCAGAACCUGUGCAUGAGCGCUACGGUUAAAAACCUUUGCCAUCCCAUUUGCUCAGAAGGGUGCAUCUGCGAUGAUGGAUACUUGUGGGACGGAGUCCAAUGCAUUCGGCCUGAUCAAUGUGGCUGUGAGUACGACGGGCGGUACUACCCCGUUGGGGACCUUCUCUGGCUUCCUGAUUGUACGCAGAGAUGCAGUUGUGAUGCUCCUUCUACUUUCCGCUGCAUUCCGACAAGCUGUUACCCUGGCCAGCGAUGCGCAGUCAAAGAUGGGAAACUGGGCUGCCAGAACUUGCUGGCCACCUGCACCAUAUCGGGUGACCCACAUUACUUCACUUUUGAUGGGGCCGUGGCACACUUCCAGGGCACCUGUGCCUAUGAGAUAUCAAAGACUCGCCACUCCUCUUCUGACCUCUCAUUCCGGGUCGUGGCUGCAAACAAAAAUUUCCAGAACCGCCGGGUGUCCUUUGUUUACAAAGUGGAAAUAUGGCUCAGUUCCAAGCAUUUCAGUUCCCAUGUUGUCCUGGAGCAAGGCAGAGAUGUGCUGGUUGAUGGGACUCCAACCCUUUUACCAGCCCAGCUGAAGGAAGUGGCCAACAUCACACGAAAAAGGAACAUGGUGACACUGAGAGCGCAUCCUAAUCUGGAGAUCCAGUACAACGGCCGCCAUACCCUAUUUGUCCGUGUAGGGCCAGAAUACCAGGGGAAGCUGUGUGGGAUGUGUGGGAACUUCAACGGCAUUCGAAAAGAUGACAAAGUUCUCCCUGAUGGGAAGAGGGCCAAGAAUGACUUGGAGUUUGGAAAUGCUUGGAUUUCAGACACCAGCCCCUCAAGGUGUGUAAAGGACCCUGGUAAAUCUGAGCCAUGCCUAGAACUGCCUGCAUUUGAGCGAAUGUGUGCGAUCCUCAGAAAUGCUUCGGGGCCUUUCUCCGAGUGUCAUUGGCACGAGAGCCCAGAUCCUUACUAUGAGUCUUGCAUUUACGACCUCUGCCACUAUGGCCUGGGCAACCGCAUGCUCUGCGCAGCCAUUGAAGCCUACGAUGAAAUCUGCACCGUGGUUGGGGUGAAGUUGCCAGACUGGAGGCGAGCGCUUGGAUGUGAUAUCACCUGCCCGGCCAACUCUUACUAUGACUUCUGUGGCACAGCCUGUGCUGCCACCUGUGCCAAUCUGACUGCUCCUGCUAACUGCACUGAGCCCUGUGUGGCUGGAUGCUUCUGUCAGGAGGGAUAUGUCCUGAAUGCUAGCAUCUGUGUGCUCCGGGAUAAAUGUGGCUGUGUACUAGAUGGGCAGUUUUACCAGCCGGGAGAUUCAGUGAUCCUGACAGACACCUGUAGCAAGAAAUGCUCCUGUGUGGCAUCUGGCUGGGCCAUGGAGUGCCAGGACUACAAGUGUGGGGCUCUGGAGACCUGCAAACUUGUGAACGGCAUGCGGGGCUGCCACCCUGUGCAAUACGGCACCAUGUUGGCAUUGGGCUACCUGCACUAUAUCACGAUGGAUGGUGUGAUGUUCAGCUAUCAAGGAGUUUGCAGGUACCCUCUGAGCAAGUACUGUGGCCCUCCCGGGCAGCUUCCUGCUUUCUCUGUCUAUGCAAGCAACGGGCACAAGAGCUCUAUCGGAGCAUCCUGGACCAGACUAAUAGAGCUCAGUGUCUACGGGGAACGCAUCGCUGUGGCAGGAGGGAAGGAGAAGAAGGUACAGGUGAACGGCAUCUUGGUUAACCUGCCCGUUGUCCUUGCCGCAGGGAAGGUCUAUGCCUAUUUUAGUGGCUCCGCUGUCAUCCUCCAGACAGAUUUUGGCCUCUCUGUAUCCUAUGACAGGUCAUACUACGUGUCCGUUUCUAUUCCCGAGACCUACUCUGGUCUCCUCUGUGGCCUUGGUGGAAAUUUCAAUGGGAACCAGAGCGAUGACUUCAAAACUCCAAAUGGUUCGGUGGUUCAGGAUGCAGCAGCUUUUGCCGAUAGCUGGAAAGACACCCCCUGCCUUUCUCCCGUCACAGCUGUCAGACUCCUGCCCACAUGCAACGAGAUGGAACUAGCCCAGUACAGAUCCCGGAACGACUGUGGAGUUAUUAGUGAUGUGAAUGGGCCAUUUAAAGAGUGCCACAACACCGCAUAUCUUCAGAUCCACGUGGAGAUCUGUGCGAGGGAUAUGUGUACCACACAGGGCAAUCACAAGACACUCUGCAAAGCUCUGCAGAGUUACGCUUGGCAGUGCCAGGUUCGUGGCAUUACCAUACAGCCAUGGAGAGAGAUUGUUGGGUGUGAAUUAAAUUGCCCUCCGAAGAGCCGUUAUAUAUUCUGUGGAUCUUCUUGUCCUGCUUCUUGUGCCCAACCAGCCGGGCCCCCAAACUGCCCGUCUGCCUGUUUAGAAGGAUGCCAGUGUGAACUUGGGUUUGUGCUGAGCGGCACUGCCUGCGUACCUCAGGAGCAGUGUGGCUGCACCUAUAACAGUCGCUACUACCUGCCUGGAGAAACCUUCUUCUGGGAAGGAGAAAAUUGCCAGAAAACGUACCAAUGCAAUGGAUCCACCUAUGCUGUUGAUGCUGCUGUCUCCUCGUGUGGUUCUGGAGAACAUUGUGGGGUUCAGAAGGGGGUGUACAGGUGUCAUACACAGUCAGAUGCCACCUGCCAGGCUUCUGGGUUUCUCCACUACACCACAUUUGAUGGGCGACAUUAUGGUUUUCUGAGCAUCUCCAGAUACAUCUUUGCUGAAGUGUGCAGGGGGUCACAGUCUUUACCAUUCUUUAGAGUUGAGGUGAAGAACGAGAAGCUGCCAAACAGUCCUUUGCCGGUAACAUCAGAGGUGCUGGUGGUGGUGAACCAUACUCAGAUACAGCUGCAGAGAGGACACCAGGGGACUGUCAAGGUUGAUGGGGUGAUUGUGAACCUCCCGGUGAACAUUCAAGCACUAGGAAUCACCCUUUAUAUGCAUGGGAUGCUUACAAUUUUACAGACAAACUUUGGUUUAACCGUCAGCUAUGAUCUGGCCCACAGUCUCUUUGUCACGCUUUCUCCAAAAUACCUCGGCCAAACAUGUGGGCUGUGCGGGAACUUCAAUGGGGUGACUGAUGAUGACUUUAUGAUGCGAAACGGGUCUACGGCAAAGUUUGUCUCGGACUUUGCUAUGGAUUGGAAGUCAGAAACUGGCCCUGGUGGCCUUGAUAACUUCAGUUAUUCUUAUCCUGAGUUUGUGGAAGAGGAACGUCUCAUCCAGUUAAAAUCCAUGUGCUGGAUCAUCCAGAAUCCCCUUGGGCCUUUUGCCUCUUGCCACUCCCAGGUGGAUCCAGAAGAUUAUUUGACAGAUUGUGUGUUUGACCUGUACGUUUCGUCUGGAGACACUGUCGUUUUGUGCCAGUCUGUUCAGACAUAUGCAGCAGCUUGCCAGAGGGCGAAUGUCACUAUCUCUCCUUGGAGGAAAGAUAUUUUCUGCAAUGCAGACUGCCAGGCCAACAGCCACUACGAGUUCUCUGGGGCUUCCUGUCAGGACUCCUGUUUUAAUGCUUUGAUUCAGCCCCAUUGCCUUCUCAUGGGCUUGGAAGGGUGUUUCUGUGACAGAGGGUACCUGCAGAGUGGAGAUAGCUGCAUCCCACAGGAGGAGUGUGGCUGCGUGCAUAAUGGGCUACAUUAUAAGAUUGGAGAGCAUGUAUGGCUCAGUCGUUGCCAUGAGAGGUGCCGCUGUAAUGGCCCCUCCAAAUUCCACUGCAUCCCAGCUAGCUGUGGCCCCGGCCAAAAGUGUGCCAUAAAGAACGGGAAACUGGGAUGUCAGAAUCGUCUGGCUACCUGCACGGUGACCGGGGACCCCCAUUACAUCACUUUUGAUGGGGCCAUGGCACAUUUCCAGGGCACUUGUGCCUAUGAGAUCUCCAGGGUUUGCCACACGGCUCGUCAGUUCUUCCGGGUUGUUGCCGAGAACCGGAAUCGCGGGAACCCUCGUGUGUCUUUUGUGACCCGAGUGGAAGUCUGGCUGCAGAGCGGAGCGCUGAGCUCUCACAUUGUUCUAGGGAACAGUCAAAUAGUGGAGGUCAACCAGGAUAAAGUGCACCUGCCCCACUCCCUGGGGGCCCUGGGCAACAUUUCCAAGAUCAAAAACAUGCUGACGAUCAAGACAGCAUUCAAUACGGAGAUCCAGUAUAACAGCCGCCACACUUUGUUUAUCCGUGUGGGACCAGAAUACCAGGGGAAGUUGUGCGGGAUGUGCGGGAAUUUCAAUGGCAUCCGUGAAGACGACAAAGUCCUGCCCAAUGGGAACAAGGCCCAGAACGACUCACAGUUUGGCAAUGCCUGGAAAACCGAGACAAGCCCAGUAGGGUGCUUAGAUGAUGCUGCAGCACUAGAACCCUGCAAAGGUCCCCCGGAACAUGAAGAGCUCUGUGGGGCCCUGCGUAGCCAUCCAGGACCUUUUUCUGAGUGCCACUGGCACGUGGACCCUUCUCCUUUUUAUUCCGCCUGCCUGUAUGACUUAUGCCUCUAUGGGAUGGCCCAUGGGAUGCUCUGCAUGGCCUUCAGUGCUUAUGAGGAAAUGUGCCUCCUUCAUGGGGUCUUCGUCAGCAGCUGGAGAGCAGCCAUCCAGUGCCCUGCUGCCGACCCCUGCAUUGACGUAGCAUGCGGAGCGAAUGAGUGGUGCGGAGAACAGAAAGAGACCUGGGGCUGCUUCUGCCACAAAGAUUACAGCCCCGCCCAAUUGGCUGAUUAUGAUUAUCAGCUGACCUGUCACGGCAGCAACAGCUUUGUCUCCUUCUCCCGCUGCCUUCUGUUCACCGAUGGUUUCCCCUCAGAAAGGGUGCAACUAGCUGAUCCCACUUGCACUGGCACGCUUGUGGGAGACAGGCUGUUCUUCCACUUUGACGUUGUGCGGAAGACCUGUGGGACGACAGUGGAGGUCAACGCAACCCAUGCCGUCUACUCCAACGUGGUACAGGGUCAUGUGGAGAACACCUACGGAGGGGUGAUCAGCAGAGACAGAUUCCUCUUCCUGCGUUUCUCCUGCACCUUCCCACUGAACAUGAACCUUACCAUGGCUUCUGUCGUUCAUCCGAUCCAGGACAUUGUUAAUGCGACUCUCGCCUCUGGACAAGGGAGCUAUCAAGCUAUCAUGGCCUUGUACGAAGACCCGCAGUACAGCAAGCCCUUCACCCAGAGCCCCGUCCCACUCACGGUCAACCGCAGAGUCUACGUGGGCAUCAGUAUUUCGGGGGCAGACCCCACCCGGUUUGUGAUGACCUUGUCGUCCUGCUGGGCCACACCGGACGGGGACCCCUCUUCCAGCAUUCAGUGGGAUCUCAUCACCAACCAGUGCCCCGUGCUACAAGAUGGCACAGUGGUAGUUGAAGAAGAUGGCAUCUCCCUCCUGGGCCGCUUCUCCUUCAGCAUCUUUUCAUUCAUCCCAGACUUGGAAGAGAUGUACGUGCACUGCCGCAUCCGCCUUUGCAGCUUCCGCACAGCCAACUGCACUGUGAACUGCGAGAAGCCAGGCCCUGCGAUUGCUGGAAGGAAGCCUCCAUCGGGCAUCAUUUCAGCCGGCCCUGUCUCAAGAUACAGAGAGUCUCUUCACCGAGGGCUACGGCUGGCCGGUGGAAGCUGCAGUGCCUCCCUCACCGCUGUCCUGCUUCUGCUGAUGUGCACCAUUUCUUCUUGCCUGACGGGCAGCUGA